AUGAUACUCUGGAAAGCUGUCAGCCUGCUUACGUUGGUAUACAUAUUGUCAAGUAAGUACUAUAUUUGCUUCAGAAUUUCGUAGAAAAAAAGUAGGUGUUAAAAAGAUUUUCAGCAUCACAUACAGCUUUAAACUAGCUUUGAAAAAGAGUUUGCUCCUCUGAUCUGUGAUCAAAUACCCUUGUUCAUUACAAGAGCAAACGUUGUUCAAUUUCGAAGUUAACCUCGAAAUUGCCAUUGUCUUCGCAGUAUGAAUUCGGCGGAUGAUGUAUAGAGGAUAUUACAUGGCCGCGCGGAGAUACGAAAUUUCUCUUCGAGUAGCCUGCGUAGCUGGCGGUAUUAUGUGGGUGCGCCAGCUACGCAGGCUACUCUUCGAGUGUUGAAACUAUUUCACAAGUGAGCGCAGCGAACGAGCGAAAUAUUUUUUCAACACGAGAAGAGAAAUUUCGUACCUCCAAGCGGCCAUGUAAUGUUCUAUUUAUUAUAUAAACACCAAUGAACUACCAAACCAUUUCACUUUAAUAGUUUUUUGGUGUGAAAGACGCGAUCUAUUAUGUAGCCAUAGCAACGGUGAUAUUUUCACACGUGAAGAUAACAUUUAUUUUCACAAGUGAAGAUAUCAAGUUUUCGCGCAAAAGCUCACCUGGUAUUUCAUUGGUGUUUAUAUAAUAAAGUGAUAUAUUUAACAUUUAUUCCACGAGUGUGCGUUGGAUUUGGCUAUAAUCAUCUCAUAUCCAACAAGGGCGAGUGGAAUAAUUGUUUUAUUAAAAACGCUUCCAGGGGAAAUUUUUUUUUUUUUCAAUACAAUGUUGGUUAUUCGACGGUAUAGUUUCAGUCUUUUUUUUAUUAUUUUUUUUUUCAAACACUGUAAAGUCGAUCAUGUUGAACACGUUCCAAAGUUAAACUUGAUAUUCCAAAGUAGCAUUUCUUGCAAAAACGGAUGAUUUUGGUCAUAUUUUUUACAAAAAAAUACAAGAAAUUUGGUAAAAAAUGACCCAUUUGCGCUAAAUUUUGAAACAGUGGAACGUUUUUCGUCGCAAUUUAACUUUGAUUGCUUACAUUUUGCCAAAUACUGCAUUAUUGCGUUAGGUUAAGAAAAAGUAGAAUCUUAUGAAAUCUUGCAAGUACUUUAUUUAAAUCUUCAAAAGUGGAAAUGAAGGCACUCCAAUUAAAUAUAAUUGCCAACAGAUUACGGUAGAAACUUUUAAAUACUUUUAAAUUUUUACCAAAAAGGAAAUAAAUAGGGUAAAUAAUGCCCCCUAAAUGGGAAUUAUGUGCAAAAAUGACUAAAGCUACAGUUUUUUUAGAGCUGAAACGCCUCAAAGGAUUCCUCUUUGCAAAAAAUUAAACAAUCUGUCAGAAAUAUCAAUAUUUUUAGUAUAUCUUUCCUUUAAAAAGUUGAAAGUGGAAAUUUUCAGGCAGAUCUAGUUAAAAGUUUCCAUGUUCUUUUCAACCAGCUUUGUCGUAAGGUACAUGGGAAUUUCCGUGUUCCUUGCGACAAAGCUGGUUAAAAACAACAUGAAAAUUUCCAUGUUCCCUCGCCUAAGUUGAUUAAAAGGAAUUGUCGCAAGGAACAUGGAAAUUUCCACGUUCCUUCGGAUAAGCUUGUUGAAAGAAAUUGUCGCAAGGAACAUGAAAAUUUCCAUGUUCCUUACGACCAAGUUGGUUAAAAGGAACAUGGAAAUUUUCAUGUUCCUUGCGACGAAGUUGGUUAAAAGGAACAUGGAAAUUUCCAUGUUCCUCGCCGCGACCAAGCUGUUUAAAAGGAUCAUGAAAAUUUCCAUGUUCCUCGCAAAAGGCCCAUUAUAGGUACUUGAAAUUAAUCCACCGUACGCCAGAGCUUACUAAGACGAUUUAAAAAAUGUAAAUUAAGAACUUAAAAGUGAUUCCGAAUGUUAACAGAACCUUAAAAAACAAAAUCAAAUUUGGUGCACGAAAAGUGGGUCAUCUGUUUAUGAAAUUGAACGUUUAAAAUAAAGUUUACUUUACCUUGCAAAUGUAUUCAUUUGCUCUUUCGUAACAUCGUUUUCCUUUAAUACAGAACAUUUUUACACUCCUGAAAGAUUACUAAGAACGUACACGGCCAUGUUUAAAGGAUAAGUUCAACGAGUGCUUACUCUUUCACAUAAACGCUCCUUCCUUCAUACGUACUCCACAUUUCAGGCCAUGUGAAGCAAGAUAUGCGAACUGGUUUACAAUAUUGUUCUGACUAGCUUUUUUUUCUGAAAAAGACAAAAGUUCGGAAUCAAACGGUCAAACAAGAUUUUACCUCUUCAUGCAAUUUUGUAGGAAGGGUGCUCUAGUAUUAGAGAGUGUUUGAACUGGACUCACAUUAAAUCAGUAAAAUAAAGCUGAAAAAGCGCUUUUUUGGAUAUAAGCAUCUAAAUCCAUGUUGUCUACUUAGUGUUGACUUAUAAAAGUCCUAUUCAGACACCAGGAUCUUAGGUGCCUGAAUCGGGCGACAGACAUCAAGCGGAACUCGCAAAUGAAUGUCCAUGUACCUCGUGACAAGCUGAUCAAUAGUAGCAUGGAAAUUUCAUGGACCUCCCGUAAACGUUGACAAAACUGCACAUGGAAAUGCUCAGAUUUUCGCACAUUGAUACUCGCACAAGCUUAAUAAUGCCGUAAGGAGAAGUAUAGUAUCCGAUAAUUUACCUUUUAGCAUCAACACAUCAACCGAAACAACUCAUCCCGGCUUGAGAAUCUUUCACACUACAAAAGAGUUUUGUUAUGAAAUAUAUUUAACUUAGAAAUUAUUAGCGUUUACGUUUUCUCAACAACAGGUCAAAUGAAAUUUAUAGAUUUUAAAACUCUAGAAAUAUAGUACUGAUUCGUUUUAUACAUAUAUUAAACAAAUGCAUAUGACAUAGUCUGUCGGUGAGUUCAGUAUAAGUGUGGUCCUUCCAAUUCAUAAAUUAGUCAAAUUACAAAUUAAAGCGUUGCAAAAUUUAUGACCCAUUAAUUUCCCUAUUUUACAUAAGAUGUCCACAACAUUAAAGGCAAAAUCAAAUCUAGUCUUUUCAAGUGCAUGAAGUUAUGUACGAUACCAGGUGGAAAAUGAAAAGCGAAACUGACAGGUCUUUGUCCCCACAGGUGCUUCUUCGCGAUGUUAGAACCUGCAAGUACUGAAAUGAACAAAUGAAAUCAUGUUCGAGGUUUUUGCAAAGCCCUACAGGGGCACCCAACGUCAAUUUUCGGAAAAUCAACUGUUCGAAAGACGAUUUGAGAACUAGAAUUUUUGGAACAUUUGUUGUAAAAUUUCUUGCUUGCCUGCCUCUCCUUGGAUUUUCGAACAUCUAAAAGAAUGGUAUAAUUGCCCAUUUUUAACGGAUUUUUACCCUAAAAGGGUCACCUAGAAUUUUCGGUAGCCUUUUUUCUGGCUGAAAUUUUCGAAGAGGUAUGUUUUGAUCCCUAUAAUUUUUGGAUCACUAGACUUUCAGCUGGGAAAUCCGAACAGAUGAAGAAUUUUUAGGGGAUAAAAAUAUGCUUAUAUCUGCCGUUUAAAUGCUAAAAUACGUUAAACAAUGCUAUGUCUAAGUGGUUUUGAACUAUAUUCUCGCUGGGUCCCUGAACCUAGGAAAUUAAGUGGGAAUGUGUUACUCGGGUAGAGUCUGUGACGCGUACUGCAAAAGCGGACUUACUGAAGAUCAAGCACAGUUUACUAUGAAUUAUACAAAGUGGAGUAUCUUCAACUUAAUUGAACAACGAAAUAAGGACAAAUAACAGGUGAUUCUCUUGUUACUUAAUGAUAUGGUUAUAAGUGACCGGCUGUAUACAGUGAAUAUAGGUUUUAUUCUGUAGUUUAGUUCAUUGUUUCUUACCAUAUUUCAGGUGAGAGCUGGGAUUCUUGACGGAAGUGUAAUUACAUACAGGUCACUUGGAUUUUGACUCCCGCGAGCUGAAUAUUUAAGACCUGAUGGUUGGACUUUUCGGUUUCAAAAUCUUCCUUUAAAGUCAUAUAUAUGGCUUUGCAUCUUCUUGCCCAGUAGAUUAGUAAAGAUCACUUGACUUCAAGGCGACUCGUCUUAAGAAGUCACUCCGUUGAUUUGUCAUAUGUACGCUUUGAAGUUGUCUUCAUGGCCACUCAAUCCAAAUUUCUUUCCCGUUUUUAGGAUCAUCUUGACGCGCGCUUGCCUCGAACAAACAUAAUUGCCCGCGUUUUAUAAUAACAGUCAUGCUUUCGUGACGGUACCCGAUAUGACACAAUAGUAAAUUGGAGCAAGCACGUUAUCACUCAGGAAGUCUUUGAUAGCUGAAGUAUUGUGUUGCGCGGAAAAGACCAUGAAAGACCAAUUAGCAGUGAGAAAGCAAUGCCGCAAACAAAUAACUCAAAUUGUUAACUCGCACAGUAAUUAAGGAAUUUAUUUUAUACUGCGGAGUCACACGCUCCAUGUUUUGAGACGUAAGAAUUAGAGACUCGUACAACAUCAGUGGAGUUUUAAUUAGGGAAAAUGGCUGUGGUGAAAGAAGGCGAUCAAGAUUUUGCAAAGAGAUUUCUCAAGGCAACUGCUCAGGAGAGCCUGAGUGAGGUCAAUCAAACGCUUCAAAUACAGACGAAAAAAAAUGAAAGGUAACAAAGUCCUGAAUACUACAUAGAAACAAUACGCUAAAGGAAAAUUGAGGGAAGCAAAAACGAGACGAAGCGAAAAAGACUGACGAAAGAAAAAUGUGGGUUUAAAGUAAUUACAACAUGUUACACGUUAUUGUAAAAUCCAGUGGAGUAUUAAAGCGGGCACGAUAUUUUGUGCGGCUAUUAUUCCAGAGAGGCUGUUUUCCAAACUCAGAUGAAAAUACCCUAUUUUUAUCGGUCUAUUUGAGUUUUUAGCCCGUAGACCACAGUAAAACUGCUCAUGGCGGUCUUUUGUCUGUUUUGUUUGACUUGCUUGCGCGCGGUCUUCAAACUUUAAAAACCCAACGGACAACUCAGCAAAUACCGCCUUGUUUUCUUCGACCCUUUGUGCUGUCAUGCUGUAUUAAAUCAUGGCCGCAAAAUUUAGCAACUAACUCAGCACAAAUCAAAGGCAAUUAACAACUGCGCUGUUCUUUUAAAUUCAAUUCCUUUGUAUCUCAAAACGAAAAACUAAAACCGACGAUGAGUAAGCCGACUGCAACACAGGCUUGUAAUAUUUGAUAAAAACUUCUGGAUAAAGGGACCGGAAAUGGGGUUGUCAUCCUUUAAUCAGCUAAUCAUAUACCGUACACAACAAAUGUGAAAAUUGCAGUCAUUGUGUUAAUAGGAUCUACCGCGCCUUGUAAGAAAAGCGCCAGUGUAUUAAUGCAUCGUUGCAGAGGAUCAGAGCAAGCAGCCUCCAAACCAUUCGCCGGGCGAUAAGAGAAAUGACAGAGAAAGGAAACCCAGCAGGAAGCGGAGACCCCGAUGGGCAAGGCAUAACCAAAUGGACAAAUAUUCGGAAAAAUACAGACUUUGGUAUCUAAAAACUCCAUCGGGCUAUGUAGAAGUUUUCAAAAAUUAAAGAAAGCUUUAUUCAUUAUUUUCUGGCGUCUUUUUGCAUGUAUCUCAGUGUUCGUUUGUACAUUGACUAAGAAGAUACAUGGAAAUUUCCAUGUUCCUCUUUGCAUGUUAUCUGCGUAAAGGUACAUGGAAAUUUCUGUUAUGCCCUGAGUACUAAAUUUUACCAGAUAAAACAAAAAAGUGGUAGAAUGUAAGGCAUUUCUAAAUGAUGCUGCCAUAAUUGAUUCCUUUACGAGGGCGUUUGGUAAGAACUUCAUUGAAACAGCUAUAUUUUGCCAGAAAAUCACUACUUUAGAAAAUCAAGUUUAAUUUUGGAACGUGUUAUUGAUUUCACUAUUCUUUUUUCACUUUGCUAUGUAGACUUUUUUAUGUCCAGGAUUUCGCGCAAUAGCAAACGUUGUUCAAUUUCAGCGAUUUGUUGUUUUUUCAUUACAAUGUUGGUUAUUCGACGGUAGCGUUUCAGAUUUUUUUAAAUUUGUUUCAAACACUGUAAAGUCGAUCAUGUUGAGGUCACCAUUCUUUUUCACUUUUCUAGGUAGACUGUUAUUUUCGGGAUUUUACGCUUUGAUGGGAAAUCAAAAUUGAAGUAGCCGAACUGGCGCAGCACACUAGAGACAAAAGUUAACCUCGAAAUUGUCAUUGUCUUCGCAGUAUGAAUUCGGCGGAUGAUGUAGUGAUAUAUUUAACAAUUAUUCCACGAGUGCGCGUUGGAUAUGAGUUGGCUAUAAUCAUCUCAUAUCCAACAAGCGCUAGUGGAAUAAUUGCUAAAUAUAUCACUACAUCAUCACUGUAAAGUCGAUCAUGUUGAGUUCACCAUUCUUUUCACUUUUCUAGAUAGACUUUUAUAUUUUCGAGAUCUUGCGCUUUGAUGGGAAAUCAAAAGUGACUAGCCGAAGUGCGCAGCACACUAGAGACAAAUGUUAACCUCGAAAAUGCCAUUGUCUUCACAGUAUGAAUUCGGUGGAUGAUGUAUAGAGAAUACUUCAUGGAAAGUGCUGGCGUACGGUAUUUACGCACGAGUUGUUGACGAAUCAGAAAUCGAACGAGUGCUCGUAGCGAACGAGUCAACGAGUAAGAUUUCUGAUACAAAAACAAGUGCGUAAAUACCGUACGCCAGCACUUUCCAUGUGGUAUUGUGUGUAUUAUAUACAUACUGAGACAUUCAUCAUUUUGGCGGCCUUUUUAUUUUAAAUCUUUCAAAAAUGCUAAAAUUUGCCGCUACACAAUUACCGCAAAAUGACAACGAAAACGAAGUAUCCGCUUUUUAGUAACAACUUUUGUUAAAAACAUAAAUGAAGGUGAGGAUAUGAGGUAAUCCAAGAACUAUAAGUAAUCUUUACUGUUUGUUCUCAAUGCACAGUUAAACAUGAGAGAAUUUAAGUAAAAUGGCCGGUAAAAGUAGCCCCAACAAAAAGCACAACAAAAGCUUACGUCUCGUUCUGUUUAUCCCUUUCGGCUGUUGUUUCGCCCGCUCUCUACCGUUUUCUUUAUCGACAGUGAAACAAACAAAACUAUUCCAUUCCAUUUCCGAAAUGUUUUUCACUUUUUUAGCGAGAAAAACUCUUUGAGUAAAACUUUUCUCGUUAAAUGUGUGCAAAAAAAGCGGGGGUGCAAGCUGCAAUGACAGGCGGGAAUUUUGGCGCGAAACUCACACACCUUUGUGGCUUCUGAUUGCACGUAUCAUUUUUUUUUUCACGUGUGAAAACCAUCGUUCGCUCCUCUGAUUGACUAGAACUAAUUUGCGUACGAAAAUUUACGACAUAGCUUUUUGGUGAGUCUCAGUAGGUGUAUAAUAAAGUGAUAUAUUUAACAAUUAUUCAACGAGUGCGCGUUGGAUAUGAGAUGGUAGAUAGCCAACGAGUUGGCUAUAAUCAUCUCAUAUCCAACAAGCGCGAGUGGGAUAAUUGUUUUAUUAAAAACGCCCACAAAAUACCGAGAAUCCUUCCCGACUUUAUUUGUAACUAAAACAACCGAUUUUCAGCUUGUUUUUAGUUUUGAGCAGAUGCGUAGUUACCAUAUUUGGAGAGCAUGGUAUAAUGGCUCAUAUACCAUGAUGGCUAAGCCAAUCAGAGCUCUAGAAUUGCAUUACCCAAUGAUUCAGUUGCAGUCAAUUUUUGUUUUUCUUUUGUUUUAAAUUCAUUAGAAUACAUUACAAUACAUUACCCUUGCGUCUUCUUCGCGUCCUCUGUCUCCUCUUGGACCCUCCUGCAAUAAUUGUUUUAUUAUUCAUUCAAAAUAAUUCCUAGUUUAAAAACAUGGCUAAAACAUGCUUACCUCCAUCGAUCCGUCGACAUUAAGUUGAUCUUCAAUAGUGCACGUUUAGGGUUGUUCAGCUCCGCAAAUAUUCCUCCAAAUAGCAGAUGUCGCCCUUCGAGUUGUCUUCUUGCUGUUCUUGCCAUGUGAAGUGUCCGAGUGAAAUGUCCGCCAUUUUAGUUUUCACAACGAAAACAACUCAACCUCGUCCCCAGGUCUUCUCGGUUAACGGUGCCUUAACCUGUAGAGGACUACAUUUUGACGUCAUUUCCUCGUUAAACACAAACUUCUACCAAAUUUGGUCAUCAGUAACUGGUUAUGAUGAAUUAUGGGUGUGCAUUUAUCCAAUCAGAAUUGGGGAAAUAUUUUGAAAAAAAAAAGGGAAAAUAAAUUCAUUAAAAUUUGAAACAUGUUCUUAUUUUCUAAAAUCGAUAAAAAAAUAAUUCUGUACACUUGGGUAAAUAAACAUAAGUCAACAUUUAGGAUCCUCUUUGGAGACAUAGGUGCCUCAUCACGCACUCCAACUGCAAUGCUGAUUUAGUGUGCAGAUUUUGUAUAAGGAACAAGGCGAAUACCACUAAAUACUCUUAGCUACAAUGUAUUUUUUCUUUAGAAAAUAAACCUAUUUAAGAAACUACCCUAAAUAACUUAAAUUUGUAACUGUGCUAACUGUUAUUUUAUGUAAGUACCUGUUCGGCUAUCUUGGGAAAAUGCAGAUUCUUACUGUAUUCAUCAUUUUAUUACUUGGAAAUCCUGUAACCCUAGAAUGCGAAGCUUGCAACGAGACUCACGUGGGUGCAGACAGUGGUGUCCUUCAGUCUCCGAAUUUCCCGCACAAUUACCCGAAUGAGGCCUACUGUUCCUGGAAUAUCAGAGUCAACCAAUCACAGCACGUGUUUUUGAUGUUCUCAUCAAGUUUCAGUUUACAGGCUGAAAACAACACAGAUGUCAUUCGUGUGUACGAUGGAGGGAAUACCACAGGGGAGGUGUUAGGAGUGUUUUACGGAGAACACCCACCCCCUCAGGGUGGACUCUAUUCUUCAGCAAACCAAAUGUUUGUGGUUUUUAAAACGGACAACAACAAAUCUUUCUCCGGUUUCCAAGCUUCCUAUCACGCCUUAACGUGUUCCGGUAAGGAUGUUUCAGAACAACUGGCCUUCUUCUAGGCACAAUGUAGUUUCCAAUUCAAAUUUUCAAAGGCAAUAGGCCACUUCCGAGUUCCGAAAACCCUCACUUUCAAAAUGAGGCCAAGUGCACAGCCAUUCUUGUGAAAUUGAGUUUUAUUUGCAUGAGAAUGAAAAAUCAUCUCCCUAUCAAUGGCUGAGCACUAGUCGUUUUGAUACAGAGGCCCAGGGGAACUCGGAUAUGGCCUACCUUUCAUUGCCAUCAACCUCGAGGACAGGCAGAGGGAGCCAUCUUUUUACGUAACUUCGCUCGGUAGCUUCAAGCCUUGACGAAGACUGGCGAAUGAAGGUGUUGUUUAAACUUCACUUUUAAACAAAUUUUUAAAUCGAUGUAGAUUACAAACACCACUUAUCAACCGCGAUUGACGUCCGAGAUUACAGGGAAAUCUCAGACCGAGGCCUUGAUGUAAUAGGGAGCUUAUAAGCAACACGGACGGUGACGGCUACGAAGACGUCACUUAAAAAAUGAAUUCGCGCUGCCUCCACUUUAUCACGCUAUCACGCUUAUUCUGUCUCGUUUAAUUCGUGAAAUGUUGGCAGAUUUUUUUGGAGUUAACUUCUGAAGGACUGUAGCAAAGUUCAGGAAAGAAAAAGAAACUUGUUGUUGUGUGUUCCCGUCCUCGACAAAACUGCGUGCAACAACAGCAAAGAAAUGUACAAUAAAGCGUGAUGCACGUGCAGCAUUGUUGUUUUGCUAAUAUAAACCUUUUGCUUUUUUGCCGUUUUCGUUGCCGUCGCCGUCUUCGUUGCUUAAGCUCCCUAUUUAUACAUCGAGGCUUCGGUCUGAGAUUUCCCUGUAAUGACCAAACGGACGAGGUUAAUAAGUUCUUUAUUAUAUGGCGUUUUUAGCCUCUUUUUCUUUAAAGUUGACUUCCAACACAGGGAAAAAAACACUUAAUCAAUAACGUAGAGUCAUAGCAGCCUAACAUUGUCGACCCUUGCCAUAGGGUACUUUGAGGUCUUGUCUAAGUGGGCUACGAAAUUCCACUACCUCUUGACUAUUUUCUAUUGUUUGUUUCCUUGUUUGACUUAUUUUUUGCUUGAAAUAUAUAGAUCCUCUAGGAAUGGAAAGCGGGGACAUUUCUGAUGUUCAAAUAAGUGCAUCUUCGCAUUAUAAUACCAAGGACCGUCAUUAUUCUGCAAAAAAGGCAAGGCUAAAUUAUAAAGGAUGUUGGGCAGCUGCUACAAAUGAUCUUCGCCAGUGGCUUCAAGUGGACCUUGGUGGUUACACCAAAGUAACACUUGUCGCGACUCAGGGAAGUGGAUACAGAUGCUCAAACUGGCGGGUGACAAAGUUUAAGAUCCGGUAUAGCUCUGACGGAGUCAUAUGGCGAUUUUACAAAGAGCCUGGUAAUUCGAAUGCAAAGGUACGAUGGACUUGCUAAAUAUUGAGCUUAAGCAACGAUGACGGCGACGGCAACGGCAAAGAGGACGGCAAGAAAGCAAUAGGUUUGAUUAGCAAAACAAGAACUUUGCUCGUGAAUCACGUUUUUUAGUACAUUUCUUUGCCGUCGUUUCACGACCAGAACGUGAACGUGCCUAAAUUCACGUUUUGUCGAGGACGGGAACACAAGACAACAACUUUCUUUUUCUUUUCCUGAAUUUUCUUACAGUACUUAGGACCAUAAAGUUUGAAGCAGCGCGAAUUCUGUCACUUCUUAAGUGACGUUUUUGUAGCCGUGGCCGUCGAUUUUGCUUAAGUACGGGUAAAUAAUGGCCGCUCUCCAAGCUGAAGGGGAAUUGAAGCAGUGUGAUAUUGUUAGUACUCUUGACGUGAGUGGCAGAAAUCUACAUUUUUAUCCAGUUAUAUUACAAGUCUUAAUUCUAUGUUUUGUGCAAUGAUGUUUAUUAAUUUCAGAGAAACAUUUUCGACCUUGCGCCACUGCAACUAAGCGACUAAAGUCCUCGGGGCCUCGGGAUUACAGUUCCAGCAUUCUUACUGCUAAGCCGCCCUGCCUCAAAGGACUGCUUAGUAUUAUCAUACACGUAAAUGAUUCUUUUUCCAGGUGUUUACUGGGAAUUCUGGCCGUCCCAAUAAAAUUUUUCAUUACCGACUGAAUGAACCCAUCUUGGCACGAUAUAUUCGAGUUGUGCCUGUGGCAUGGAUUAAACGCACGCGCAUAACGAUGAGAGUGGAAAUCUACGGUUGCCGAGGUACUGUUUUAUUUAUUACAUCCAUUUUGAAAUCAUUGGUGGCCCCUGCAAUCUGAUUGGCUUUCAGCAUUAUAGUUUCCUCAAGAGUCUUACUUUUUUUUCCUUUUUUUUUUGCCCUCAGUCGUAUUCUAAAUCUCAUCAUUUCUCUUCUAACUUGCACCCGGAGUGGUCAAUCGAUAAAAAUCAGUAUGGAUAAAAAAUCGAUAGCAAACAAGUGAUUUUUAUCGAUUGAUAACGGAAAUCGGUGGAAACUGAUGGACUAAAUUGCUGUGUCAAAUCGAUAUUAUCGAUUUUUCGUGCUUUUAUAGAUUUAUAACGGUAAGUCCGACAUUGUUGUUUGUUGACAUAAGUUACAUAGUACAGCUGAGAAAACACAUCCACGAGUAACAACUGAUCAACAAACAUGAAAAUAAGAAAUGUGGAAACUAUUACAGACGCAAGAUUCUCUCUAAAACCGUGACCCUUUUGCACAUAAUAACAAGAACGGUUCGGUUCAAUUACAUUCGCAGUUCUGGCAGGCAAGUACCACGAGAAAUACGACCUUAGAUAAAAGAUUUCCCAGCCAGAAUUUUAGACAUCCUCUAGAGUGUCUAGAGUCGAAGGGAUGCCUGAAAUUCAGGCUAAAAGAUUUCCUUAGAUAGCUUUUCACCGUUUUCCGUUAUCAAUCGAUAAAAUCGAUUGAUCGCUAACGAUUUUUAUCGAUUUCGAUUUUUAUCUAUUGGCUACUCCAGAAAGCAACUAAACGCGGAACUGAUGUUAUUUUGUCAGGGUGGCAGAUCUAAGUCGUGAAAAAAGUACAUUUAUUCAUAUUCAAACUAAAUUUUCAAAUAUUCAAACUAAUCUAAACUCAAUAUUCAACAUUUAAUAUUCCGAUUCCGCCCCCUUCUUCCCACAUGCAUGAUAAUUCGCCAUGUUCUGAAAAAGUGAAAAAAAAAACUGGAUACGAUAUACGACCACAAAGUUUCUUGGGAUCGUUUGGAGACACAGCAUGAAAGUCAACAAACAUGUCGCAACGCUACAUGUCGUUACAAACUGCAGUGAUAAGUUAAGAAAUACAACUAUUCUUUACUCAAAAUGUACUACAGAGCUCCCAAAGAGCCUAAUGCACCAACUAUGUCUUCUUCAGUCAGAGUAACCUUCAGAGCGUUUUUAAGAGAUGACCUGCUCCUCUCCGCCACGUUUUUGCUCUGUAUUUAUAUUUUCCGCUGUUAUUACUUUGAUCUGUAACUAUAUUGUCCUACUGUCAAGGGUCCUCUACCAUAAUGCUCCAACAUUUUAAUUUCUAGUUAUCGUUAUUGACUGUAUUACAGGUUGUAUAGCUCCACUUGGUAUGGAAAAUGGAGCAAUCUCUGAUGCCCAGAUAAGUGCCUCUUCUCAGUGGCAUGACAAUAAUGGUCCACACAGAGCUCGAUUGAAUAGGAGAAAGUUCGGAAGCAA